CUCCUUCCCAACGUGGACCGUGUUUGUGUUUGUGUUAGCAGUGUUGGCCUCCAGCAACUGUACCUUAUUCUUUUUAUUCCUAAGUUCUCUUCUCUUCCUCCUCCUCCUCCUCUCUUUACACGCUUCCUUCCCUUCUCUCCCUCUCUUCUCUCAUUCCGUUUCCUUUCCUCUUCAUCCAACCACUCAUUCAUACACCAUGGGUCUGCUGUCGCUCGGAACACCCAUGCCUUGGGAGGAGGCCAAACAGUACGCCGACCACGUCCGCACCCACGGUAUCAUUCAGUUUCUCAACCUCUGGGAAGCUACCAAGGACUCCCAGAAAGACUGUCUUCUCUGGGGCGAUGAGAUCGAGUACAUGGUUAUCAGCUACGACGAUAAGAACCAGCGUGCCAAGCUCAGUCUGCGUGUCUGGGAAAUCCUCCAGGAGCUGGCCAAGGAAGAGGAGGAGGCAAUGAUUAACCCUGCCAAGAAACUGCUAGUCAACUCCUCCUGGCAUCCAGAGUAUGGUCGCUACAUGCUGGAGGGCACUCCUGGCGAGCCCUACAUGGGUCUUCCUCGCGAUCUGCUGGCCGUCGAACGGAAUAUGAAACUUAGACGUGAACUGGCCAAGAAAUUCAUGAAGCCGAAUGAGGUUCCUCUCACUUUGACAUCGUACCCGCGUCUUGGAUGUGCUGGUGACGGUCUGGAUCCCCAUCACGAGCCCCAUGGACCUGCUGCCCGCAGUCUUUUCGUGCCUGACGAGAUUAUCAAUGCCCACGCUCGCUUUCCAACGUUGACUGCGAAUAUUCGCCGGCGCCGUGGAUCCAAGGUGGCAAUCAACAUGCCUAUCUUCCAUGACAAGAACACGCCCAAGCCAUUCAUUGACCCCACUAUCCCGACUUUUCACGAUUAUCCCGAGGACAAGAAUGCAAUUGAAGAGGGCGCUGCGCUGCCGGAUCAUAUUUACAUGGACGCUAUGGCCUUUGGCAUGGGAUGCUGUUGUCUGCAAAUCACCUUCCAGGCUGUUAAUGUUGAGGAGGCUCGUAAGAUCUAUGAUCAGAUGGCGACAUUGGGACCCAUCAUGCUUGCUUUGACAGCAGCUGCACCGAUCUACCGCGGAUAUUUAAGCGAUGUGGAUUGCAGAUGGAACGUGAUUGCUCAAUCCGUCGACGACAGAACCGAGGAAGAGCGAGGACUGAAGCCACUGAAGGACAACAAGUACAAGAUUGCAAAGUCGCGCUACGAUUCGAUUGACUCGUACAUCUCCAACGACCCGAAUAACAAACCCGAGUACAACGAUAUACCCCUGGUUUACGACAAGGACAUUUACAAGAAGCUGUCCGAGAACGGCAUCGACGACCUGCUCGCCCGCCAUAUCUCCCAUCUCUUUAUCCGCGAUCCUCUGGUCAUUUUCCACGAGCUGCUGAACGUUGAUGAUCAUGAGAGCACGGAUCACUUUGAGAACCUGCAGAGCACAAAUUGGCAGACCAUGCGCUUCAAGCCCCCGCCCUCCAAGACGAGCCCCAUUGGCUGGCGUGUCGAGUUCCGAUCUAUGGAAAUUCAGCUCACAGACUUUGAGAAUGCGGCAUUUGCGAUCUUUAUUGUCCUUGUCACCCGUGCUGUUCUCAGCUUCAACACUAACUUUUACAUUCCCAUUUCCAAGGUGGAUGAGAACAUGAAAGUGGCCCAUCAUAGGAAUGCUGUCUUGCAGGAGAAGUUCCACUUCCGUAAGCAAAUCUUCCCUCAGUCCCGCCCUGGCACCCCAGCAGCAGGAACACCCUCUGGAUCACCCCUUGUGGCCAAUGCGACCCUGCCUCGUGGAACGACUACAAGCGCACACGCUCAUCUUUCAGCAGGAAUGGAUCGCUCGGACGAGUACGAGCUGAUGACGAUUGACGAGAUUAUCAACGGCAGCUCUGAGAAGGGAUUCCCUGGUUUGCUGGGUCUUGUCAACAAUUAUUUGAAUACGCUGAACAUCGACAUUGAAACACGGUGCGAGAUUAGCAAGUAUUUGGAGUUGAUCAAGAAACGUGCGAACGGUACGCUGAUGACGGCGGCGUCGUGGAUGAGGCAGUUUGUGCAGAACCAUCCGGAUUAUAAGCAGGACUCUGUGGUAUCGGAGAAGAUUAAUUACGACCUGGUCAAGAUGGUGGAGAAGAUCAACACGGGCGAGGUCCAGGUGCCGGAACUUCUGGGCAACUUUUCUGUAUGAGGAACAAAAUAUAGAUAUGGGUUACAAUGGCCCGGACAGAAAUGAAAUAAAAAAUGCAUGAGUAAUAAUCCUCAUGAUGCUGUUUAUGCUCGGCG